AGCUGUUUCUGUGAUCUUCCUAAACCUGAUACCGAUAGGAGCGUCAACUGUCUGUAAAAUGUGUAAAAUAACAAUUAAACCCCACACGACUCGACAAUUAACUCUUUUGAUGCCAAAAGUAGGGCCGUUACCGAACUAUUUUUCGACGUUUAAUGUGAAACGCGAGAAAAAAAUAUAAGUUACCCAGUUUGAGAUGGGGAAGUCCCCGCAAGGAAAUCCCCUCUUCAUAAAAUAAUUUCGAAAUUGAGUGAGGCUCUCACAAGCUGAAGCUUUCUGCCUUUGGUCUCCAGCAGACGCAUGCCAGCCUAUGACACUCAAACCUGUACAAUCUAUGGGAAAACCGAACUUUAUAUAUUGCCUUUAACGCGUGAGCGGAUUAUGUUCAGCAUGGAUGAGGUAAAGAGGGAGAACGAGGCGCUGAGGGCGAAGUUGCGCAGCUACUCUACACUCAACACAUUUUACCACGAAACACAACAAGAAAUCUCUCGUUUAAAUCAACUGGUCUCCUCCAAAGAAGGAAUUAUUAUCGAUUUGAGGGCAAGACUGGGGAACUAUGAGAAAACAUUGGUCAUGGAGGGAGAGGAGCCCUAUUUUGUAGGGCCGUCGAAAUCUCUCAUCGAAAGUUUGUGUAAGGAAAUUUGCAAAUUAAAGCAAAAAGUCAAGGAGUCAGAGGUGGACACCGCCCAGAAACUGGAAUCCAGUAAAACAGAGAUCCAGAGAUUGCAAGAAAAGUUGAAGGAGAAGGAUCAAGAGCUGGAGACCAUCAGGGAAAGGCCCGAGCAGGAGAAAGAGAGGGAGAUCCAGCGACUGCGCUCCACAUUGGCCGAAAUCGAUCGGACACAGGCCACCAGGGCCGUCCUUUGCAACUCUCUCGCUGAAGAAGCCGAGCAGUUGAGAGCACAGCUGGGGGCCACCGUGCAGGUGUGCCAGGAGCUUUUGGGGCGGCUGGAGGAAGAGAAAAGCAAGACAGUCAUGACGGAUCAGAGAACUCAAGCAAAUGAGACAAAUGAUUCCCCUGAAGUUCCUCAUCUAAAUGUCAUCAUCAGCAAGUUAGAAGAGGAGAAUGACCAGCUUAAAAAGAGAGUUGCAUAUGUGGAAAGUUUAAACUCAAAGUGGCAGAAGUAUGACUCCAGUAGAGAGGAUUACGUGAGGGGAUUGUGUCAGAAGUUGAAAGAGUCAAAUGGUCUGGCAUCUGCAGGUCCGACCCUGACCCAGACUCUGGCUCCGGCUCUGGUCGCGGGCAGCAUGCCUUUGUUACAGCAGGAGAUCGCGCGGCUCAAUGGCCUCCUGCAGGACAAGAUGAUGGAGUGCGAGAGACUCAGCAGAGAGAGGGAUGAAAGUAAAAGAAGAGACCGGGAACGCAUUCAGAUGCUUGAGCAGCAGGUUUUGGCCUAUAUUGAGGACUUCAAAUCGGAGAGGGCAGACCGAGAAAGGGCUCAGGGUAAAAUCCUGGAUCUUCAAGAUGAAGUUGGGCGACUUCAACUGCAAAUACGCACACAGGGUGUCCAAGAUACCUCAUCCUCACGGCGACUUCACAUGGGCCUAAAAAAAGUUCCCCACCGACAGACGGACACUGCCGAACCACUAAGAAACAGUCCCCCAGAAACUAACUCAAAGAGGACUAUCAGUAACACGGCACCGCAGGGAGCCGCUGAACUGCAGUGCCCUCGCUGUCUCACCACAUAUGACGACGAGCACACGGCCGAGUACCUAAAACACUGGGACGAGUGUGCCAAGCUGUGAGUCUCUCACCUCACUGACUUUUCACAGGGCACUGAAAGCACUGAGGACAGAAUCACUACACGCUUGCAGACUAUGGGAUGUUUGACAGGAUGUUGAUGAAGGCAGGGACACGUUUGAACAGGAUCGUGUCGCAGGAAGAGUUUUUUUGUUUUUGUUUUUUUACUUGGCUUUUCGAUUGUGGGCUUAGUUGGUGUUAAGAAGGUCGCCUGUGGCAUAGGACUCAAGACGUGACUUUGGGUGGGUCAUUCCCAGUUCACAUGGGCUGUCAUUGAAUGCAGAUCGUUUGGUUACGAAAAGUUAUUCAUUCUCAAGCAUUUUUGGUUUAUAAGUCACUGGGUUUUGUCAUUUGUUUGGUUUUAUGGUCUUAAGUAUGGGACAUUUUGUAUUAGUUUCAAUCAAAUUUAGCUAAAUACUGUAUUGCAGAUCUGUGUAUAAUUCAAAUGAAUUGUCAAAUUGGUAUCAUAUACCUCAUGUAAAGACAUAGUAUGCACUUUUUACUAUUUUAUUUUAUUAUUGCCAAAUACGGAUGAUAAAUGUACAUAACCUUUUAUAUUUAAUACAUAAGCUUCAUUGUUAUUAGACUGUCCGAUACUGUUUUUGUUAUGGUGCUAUUUUAAUAUUUCUUUUUUUUUUUUUUUUUUUUUUUUUGUAAGUGUGUUGUUAGCAUUUGUCUUGGGCUUACAUUUUAAAUCAGAGAUGUUCAUUUGUACCAGAAUAUACAGAGCAGAACAGCACACACUAUAAAUAAUCUUUCAACAUUUGACUUUCUGAUUCAUAUACAUAUAUAUCAAACAUUAGUUUCUGGUUAAAAAUGUUAAAUGGCUCCGUCAGGCACUUUUUGACUGUGAGGUACUUGCCAUUCGAUCCCCCUCUGCAGCUGAAAACAUUCUAGUUUUAAGUAAGAGAGGAAGUUCCCUGUGAAAUUUUCACGUCUCAGAUGCUGCGUAUGACAAAAUGGUCUUCUAUUAAAGUGUAUCUGAACACUUUUUGGGGGGUUUUAAGGCACUGACACCAAAAACAUUAAUUGACAAUAAGAAAUUAUUAUAGAGAUGCCAAACUGAGACGGAGAAAUGUGAUAACUAUAAGAGGAUUUAUUUUUUUAUAAUAAAAUAUUUGCUUAAGGAC